GAGAUAACAUACCUGGUCAAACUGUGCCUCAGGUCUUUUAGGCAUUUUCUCUGUUUGCUGAUGGCGCUGCUGCAUGUUGACUGAAGAUUGAUCUGGACCUAACUGUGGUGACCAUCAAUAUAUGCCUGCAUGAGGUAUAGCUGGAUGACUCGUACAUUCAUCGUUUGCAGUUAAUCCCACAAGACUGAUGGAUGUUAAUUCAGAGGAAUCGGAAGUGCGGAGCACAGUUUACUCAGUCAAAGGGAAUACAUACACUGGAGCGUGGCAAAACAACGAGAAGCAUGGAAUGGGAACUCAAGUUUGGAAGAAGUCCAGUGCCAUUUAUCAAGGAGAGUGGAAAUUUGGCAAACCCGAUGGCUGUGGUACCUACAGCGUUCUGCUGCCAGAGACAAAGGAGUAUGAAAAGAAGUACAGUGGAAUGUGGAAAAAUGGAAAGAAGCAUGGUUCUGGCACAUACUUCUACAAAAACUCAGCAGUUUAUGAAGGGGAGUGGGGCGAGGGCAAUCGGAGUGGCUGGGGAAGAAUGUACUAUGAUAAUGGAGAUAUCUACGAGGGAGAAUGGAUGUGGGAUAAGAGUCAUGGACAAGGCCUCAUUAAAUAUACAAAUGGAAACUGGUAUGAAGGCGCCUGGGAAGAUGGCAAGAGGAACGGUAAUGGAAAAUUCUACUUUUCUGACCAGGGCCAACUUUAUGAAGGCUUUUGGGCGGAUGGAAUAGCAAAAUGUGGGAUCCUGUCUGACUUUGGGAGGGAUCAAGCACCAAAACCGACAAAGUAUCCAAUUCCACCGUUGGAAUUGAAGGAACCCCAGUCAGUUUUUGGAAUUGAUGAGCAACAACAAGAAACGCCCUGAAGGUCAAAGUACAACUAUACAUUUCAGAUUACAGAGAGGGAAGGACAGUAUUGACAGUUUACCCUCAGCAUGAUGUUAAAAGUCAGAUGCUAUUUAAAGCCUGUCCUUCAGUUAUGUGGUCAAAUUGUUUACAUUUCAUCUCGUUCAAUAUCCCUUUCAUGCUGUCGCUAUUCUAACAGAGUUAACUGGCAGGUAUGAGAAUUUCCCCUCGUAUCAUAUUAAGAAGGCCUGCGCAGAGAUUAGUAACAUCCAGAUUAGUCCUUCUGAUGCUACUCAUGGAAGUGUCCUUAUCCUUUUAAGGCACGUGAAAUUUGAUAUAUCAACAUGAUAUAUCAAAAACAUAUCAAGAAUUACAUCAUGUGAAUGUCUUUUGAUUCAAUGUCCUCUUGUGGUUUAAGCUCCUCUUCCAUUCUUUCAAACUCGAGUUAGGAGCAGAAACAGGAAAUGAUCACCACCCAAUCCUGUGCACAGAAACAAAAGAGCUAAAUGUUAAAUAAUCAUACUAUAAUCUUACUAUUUAAACACACUAUUCUUUUGGAUAAACAAGCUCUAUUUUUAUUUUUUUUACGCACUCUGGCACCUUAUUUUCAGUCAAAGUUUUAAAGAUUGAAAAAAUUGAAAAUGUGUACCUGAAAAACUCUUGUUUACUUUCCAGAUUAAUUAUGAAUUGUGACAUUAAAAAUAGCAGUAGUUGUUAGUAAAAGUUUUAGUAAGUUAUUGAGUAGAAACAGAAUACUUCACAGCCAUCAAUCAUUUGUUGGGAAAACAGUUAAAUGUAUCUAUCUUAACAUAAGUUAACUGGACUAUUCCUUUUCUUCCACACACAGUUUUCAGAUACAGUUCAUGCAGUGUAGUUCGCCUCUCCAUCACCUGCAGUCUGUCUGUCUCUACAACAAACAAAUGAACAUCAACACCCAUGAAUGUGUCUCCAUUGAAAUGAGUUUCACAUCAGACACCCAUUAUAUCACCUUGUGACAGACAAUCCACAACUUCAUGUUCUGUCGACUUUCCUUCUGUAUCUCCUCCUCUCUCUUCCUCCUCUGUCAUGGUAUCAGUCGUCAACUUCCUCACUCAGACGGUCUCAUCAACGGGCAUGCGCACAGCGUAAACCGUUGCCACGACAACUGUUGUAUAGGCUACAUGAACCACGAUCGACCCGGAGAAUAAAGUUAUGCCAAAUGCAAAUGUAUCACCAAUAAAUAAAAAAUAAAUGACGUAUCA